CAGCAGCAACAGCCUUGGCUUCCGUCGCCCUCCCUUCCCCUUCUCUGGCGGCAGCGCAUUGUGACCCGUGCUGAGUUCACCUGCCUUGAAGCGGGCGGGCUUUGGCUGCCUGAAGAGACUCCCCCUCCCCGCCCAGAAACGCGAGGAAAGUCGCCUCCUUCGCGCCCCCCUCCCCGCCCUCCUGCCUGCGUGUAGCCUCCUGCUUCAUCUUUUGUCUGCCUCUCUUUUCUCCGGCUGCGUGGGGCGGGUGGGUGGGUAGGUAGGUAAAGAGAUCGUCUUUCUCCGGCUCUUCUAGCAAAUCUCCCUCUUGCUCUUGGGAUGCUUUCCCGAACCUGGUGGCCACCAGCUAAUGAUGUCCAGCUAGGGCCUCCACUCUCUAACUACUAUGUCUUCAGCAGCAGCUCUUCUGUCUCAAACAAUCUGAAGAAGGGGCCCAAAGGUUCUGGGGUCUGAAGAACAGGAGGUCAAGCUUGAUGGAUGCUGGGAUGUCAGGUGGCAAAGUGGAAGGCAGUGGUGGCGGUGUUGCUGUUCUGCGGAGGUCCCAGGCCAGGGAAGGGGUGGCCCAGCGAGAAGAAGAGCAAGAAGAAGAUGGAGAUGAAGACCUCCGAGAUGGAGGAGUCCCUUUCUUUGUGAACCGUGGAGGGCUUCCCAUCAAUGAGGCCACCUGGGAAAGAAUGUGGAAACAUGUGGCCAAGAUCCAUCCUGAGGGAGAAUUAGUAGCUCUGAGGAUCCGGGGAGCCACUGAUCUACCCAAGAACCCCAUACCAAGUGUGCCUACUCUACAGUCAACCACUCUCAUCCCUGAGCGCCUGGAAGCUAUACAGCGCUAUAUCAGGGAACUUCAAUACAAUCACACUGGGACACAGUUCUUUGAAAUCAAGAAAAGCAGGCCUUUGACUGGGCUGAUGGAUCUGGCCAAAGAAAUGACAAAGGAAGCCCUGCCAAUCAAGUGUUUGGAGGCUGUGAUCCUAGGAAUUUACCUCACCAACCACAUGCCAACACUGGACCGCUUCCCCAUCAGUUUCAAAACUUACUUCUCAGGGAACUACUUCCACCAUAUCGUGCUGGGAGUGAACAUUGGGGGCCGCUAUGGGGCGCUUGGCAUAAGUCGACGGGAGGAUCUCAUGUACAAAGCUCCCACCUUCCGCACACUGAGUGAGCUUAUUUUUGACUAUGAAGAGGCAUAUCGGUGCUGCUGGCAUACCCUCAAAAAGGUGAAGCUUGGCCAGUGUGUGUCCCAUGACCCACACAGUGUAGAGCAGAUCGAAUGGAAGCAUUCCGUCUUGGAUGUGGAGAAGCUGAGCCGUGAGGACUUCCGCAAGGAGCUUGAGAGACAUUCCCGUGACAUAAGGCUAAAGAUCAGCAAAGCUUCUGGACCCCCAUCACCCACCAAGGAUAGGAAAAAGGAUGUCCCAUCCCCACAACGUAGCCAAUCCAGUCCACAUCGUCGCAAUAGCCGGACAGAAAGGCGACCUUCUGGAGACAAGAAACCUACAGAACCCAAAGCCAUGCCCGAUCUUAAUGGUUACCAAAUCAGAGUAUAAAGAUCUUCUCAUUUGUGGACCACUUGGUGGAAAGCAUUUGAACCAACACUACCUAUAAGAUGUGCAGUGUGGGAGGGGAUGCAGAGGGUACAAAGUGCAUAUUUUCCAAGGUAUUUAUUUACUCGGGAUGAUAUCCUGUAAAUUAGAGGAUAGCCAUUUCUUUGCAUUAUAUCAGGAACUAAAUACACCAACUAAACAAACAAACAAACAAACAAACAAACAGAUCUUCUACCAGUUAUUCGUUAUUCUACAUAGUGGCAAGAGAAGAUACAUUUGCAAAGUAACAGUAAAAGCCCUUUCGGUGCUGUUUCUCAGCCUACACAGAAUAGAAUGUUUUUGACUUCAGAAAGCCCCAUAGAAAGUUAUAUGUCUCCUCUCUGCUUUUGAAGGAACCAACUUAGCAGGAGAUUUCAGGAGAAAGACGGGCUAGAAGCAAAAAACAAAUACUGACUCCUAUGGAAGAAUUUCUUAAUUUGUAUUUUCUGAGAAUUUUAAUAUUUUUAAUAACUUGGGGAGUGGGGAAAGCGUACCAUAUUGUUGCAUAUGCUCCAAAAUCAUCAAUGUGAUCCUAGUGUUUUUGUCUCAAAUAAUGGAUUGCCUAGGAUGAAAAUGCACAUCAUGCAACUCCCACGGCAAACUGGCUAACUGGAUCAGUGGUGGGUUUCAAAUUUUUUUACUACCGGUUCUGUGGGCAUGGCUUGGUGGGCGUGGUGUGGCAUGGUGGGCAUGGCAGGGAAAGGAUACUGUAAAAUCUCCAUUCCCUCCCCACUCCUUGGGAAAGAUACUGUAAAGUCUCCAUUCCAUCUCCAAUCCAGGGGAAGGAUACUGCAAAAUCCCCAUUUCCUCCUGAUCAGCUGGGACUUGGGAGGCAGAGAAUAGAUGGGGGUGGGGCUAAUCAGAAUUUUGACUACUGGUUCUCCGAACUACUCAAAAUGUCUGCUACCGGUUCUCCAGAACUGGUCAGAACCUGCUGAAACCCACCUCUGAACUGAAUCCCCAAGAUACACAUUUUGUAAAUAGAAGAUAGUUUAGGAACUGCCUGUGUUUUGGGGCAUGGAUGUCAGACGAAUGCUGUAGCUUAAUUGGCUUGUCAUGGCAGUACCUGAUUGUGAUGCAUUCUAGAAAUUAAUUGGAGAUCAGGUUUCCAUUUUCCUCACUUUCUGGUGCUAUUCUAGAUUUGACUGUUGUUAGAGUAAUAGAAACUUUCGGGUGGCAGCAGAACAGCCCCAACCUGAUACUCUCCAUAUGUGUGGCAUUGCAGUCUGGCCAUCUGGAGGGUGUCUAGUUGAGUGAAAGCUGCUGGGUAAGCACAUCUCCCGUUUCUUGGAAAAGAGUGUCUUACUCAUUUAUAGUAACAUGACCCUUGCUCUUUUUCCCUGACAAGAUGUGAAUUCAUUCCUGCUGUAUGAAAUUGUAUACUGAGGGUUCCUAGAGUGUGUCAAGUAGUAGCAGUGUAUUUGGAUUAUUAACACGGGGAUCAGAUCCUGGGAUAUGUCUCUUUCUGCAUUCUCUUUUCUGAUUCUUUCUCCUCCCUUCUUGACUUGUGCAAAAUGGGUAGAAACACAAGAGUUUUUCUGUGGAACCAGUAUUUUAUUGCCUUUUCUUAAGACUAUAUUUUUAGGGUGAAUUUGCAUUAUUUUAGUAGUGCAUCUUUUUCUCUUGGAUGUUUUAUUAAGUAAAUAUUGUUACUAAUAUUGGCAGAAGCCAAACUUAGUUAUGAACCUGCUCCAUAGUUCAGUGCAUAUCCCUUUGACACUGAACUGGCAAACUGGAAAUAGGUUGGUAGGCUUUAGAGGCACGAGUAGAAAACUGUUUAGUGGCCAAUGUUAAAAAGAUGUGUGGACACUCAGAAAGCAGGAAAACCUGGACAUUUAGUAUUUAAUAAGUUAUGUGAAAAGGAAUGUGAUAGGCCUCGUUAGACUACAGUAAUUGAGAAACCUCUAAGGAAUCUGAUGCUAAGUCUUCACUUAACCAUAGUUUAUUAGCUAAGCAUCUCAUACACUGUACAGUUAGUACAUAGAGAUUGUUGAAAGAUGUGAUGAUUUAUAAUGUAAGGAGAGAAACCCAGAGAGAUCUUAAAACACUUGACCAACUCUGUUCUCCAAUUUAGGAUGUAGCUUUCCUAUAAGUGCAAGAAAAAUAGAUUUUAUUGUUAUUGUUCCCUACCAUCUUUGUCACACAUAUUUAUUAUCUUUCAGGGUUUUUAAAAACAUGUUUUUGUAGCAGAAUAGACCUGCUAUGAAUUAAACACUUAAGAUUCUGAUGUGCCUUGCAUGUCUCUACCUAUAGAAGCAGAGAGCAUUUCUGGUGAAUAGUAUUUCAUUUUAUAUAUACUGAGAAAGGGGGAAAAGGGGAUGAUAUGGGCUCAAAAAGGGGGAAGAGAUCUACAAUACAUUAGAUAGUUUAGAGGCAGUGACAAGGAAGCAUACAUGAAAUAUUCCCACGCUGUUUUUUAACUGUUGCGUACAUAUAACAUUUUGAGAUCAUGCCAUGUGUGAUCUCAUAGAAUGACUACCAAUGUAGGAUAUACAUAUUCACAACAUGGCUACAAUAUGGAUACGGCCAAGCAUAAAAUGCCUAUUUACUAGAAAAGAGCCUGGGAUGAUAUUCCCUGUCAUUAUUUCAUAUUUUAUUUUACUCUAGACUUUUUUUCUAAUUAAAGGGGAACAUUUUCAGAAAAAUAUUUAACCUAUCAUUACUAUUUAUGAAAUAUUCUUAUGGAGUUGUGUGGGAUCCAGUGGCCUUCUUCAAAAUAAAGAUGUUAUAGACCAGGGCUGUCAAACUCCCGGCCCAUGGGCCGGAUGCGUCACGUGCUGGCCACACCCCCACCUGGUUUAGCGAAGGGGGGGAAAGUCCCAAUACAUCACAUGACACCACCAUGACUACGUGAGUUUGACACCCCUGUUAUAGACCAUUGACUUAGAGCAAGCCAGCUUCCGUAUAUUUGUUGUAAUUAAGACUAGGUGGAAGUAUCCUAUUAGCCCCACCAUAUAGAUCAGGCCAGGAGGGCUAAAACUACUUUUCUUGAGAUUGGCUAUAAUUACAGAAUCUUACAAGUCUCAUUGUGCUGUACUUCCUCCCCGUCUAUUGUACUCCUGUGAAUUAGUGAAGUGUCUGCUUCAGCCACUUCUAAAUAUUUUUUUGUUUGUUAUGGACUUAAGGUAUGUUUUACUGCUGCUUUGGCAACAGAACUUGCAUAUCUCUGUCAAAAUCAUAUUCCUUACUCUCUACAUAUCACAUUAAUCCUCAUGGGAACCACUUUAGUGAUCUUAUUAUAUAUGGCAUAAUACUACAGAAUAUAUACAAGUAUUCCUGCCCAGAACAAGCAUGUCACAAAGAUGUAUUUAGAAAAGUGUUGUCUGAAUACUUUUCAUUUUUAUAAAAGUAAGGGAGAAAAUAUAGGAAUUGGACAAUAUUUAUCUUUAAUAUUUUAUUGUGGGAUUUUUUUUAACAUCACAUCUAGUUUUUAGGUAACAUAUAGUGAGAUUCUAAUGAAAUUGUAUAUUAAUCUAUCAGCAGUUGCCUGUGCAAAAUACUUAAGCAUCCUCCUUUUUUAAAAGUCUCACUCAUCAGGGUUGUAUUCACUUUAUAUUUGGUCACCAUUAUUGAUAUAUUUUGCAGCUGUUAAGCCUUCUAAAAAAUAAAUGGCAACAGCAGGGAAAGCCUUGAUACGGUGGUGACUGAAAUCAAUGUUAAGCUUGAUUUAUUGAAAAAGUUGAGCCAAAUUCCAAGAUGAAAUGGGAAGAAAGCAUUACAUCUUUGGCAUUCAACGUUUAGUUGAGGCCUUGUAUGAAAUGAUAGCUGCCAUUAGUUCUCUCUGAACAAAGGCUCCAUUCUGAAGCAUUCAAAAUAUUUCAGUUGUAAAUAAUAAUAGGAAGGUGAAAAUAAAUAAAACAUACAACUGAACUUACAUCCUUUGACCAGUCUGUAACUGGAUGUGUCCCUGAGUUGGAACUGAUAGAGAAAAAUUUAGUUGAGAAAUUUUAGGGAUUCAAAGCAGAACUAAAAAUUUUGAUGCAUAACUUAAUUGCAUAUACCUAGUGCAAUGUUUCUCAACCUGGAUCACUUUAAAAUGUGUGGACUUCAACUCUUAGAAUUCCCAGUCGACAAGCUGGCCCUUGAGUAGUAGUAGGGGGAAAAUUUCCAUCAUGGGAGGCUGGCCUCUCUGUAACUUGAAGCCAAACUUUUAGAACAACUUCUAGUUUGACUUGUAAUGCCUUAUGCAAACCCCACAGCAGUAUGGAAGAGAGGUAGUGAGAUCAGAUCAGAGCAAUCCAUGCACACAGAAGAGCCUCAAGGUUCUUUAGGCUGAGAAGCCUUGAGUCUCCAGCUGAUGACUCCAGUGCCUAUCAGCUACAAUCAGCAUUGUUAGUGGUUGGGAAUUAUUUAUCUUUCUAGUUCUUCUUAGAAUGAAGAGGAUAGGAAGUUAAGAACUGGUAGAAUCUUUUGACAUGAUAAAGCGCUAUCUAGUAAAUUAGGGUCUGUGUGAUAGGAUCUAAUAUUGACUUCUGCCAGUUCACUGUCCGAAAAUCUAGGUUCAUCCAAAAAAUCCAGUUUUGAGCAUUACAAGUUUUAAAGAUGAGAAAACGGAACAUUAUUUUCUGAAGAUGCUAUAACAGUGAAAAAUUUAACUGAAUAAUGUUUCCCCUUCUGGUUUGUCUCCCAGCCUCAGUAAUUCUGCAUACUUGCCUACAGUCUUUGGAGCUUCUGGUGAAUGUUAAGUCAAAGAAUAGGAAAGGUUUCUUUAUCUCCUGUCAAAUUCUAAAAGAGCUUGCUGACUUUAUUUGUAUUAACUGCAGAACUGAAGAGGAGCGGGUGGAAGUCAACAUUUCACAGAUAAGUCCACCAAGGAGUCAUUCAGUGUUUGAGCUGAGGUUUAUAAGAUCCACUUAUUAUUUUCCUCUAGAGAGACACUAGACUGCUUGAACAGAUGUCUGGAGACCCCUUGGGAUGGGCGAGAGUUUAGAAAAUGAAACUUAAUCUUGACAAGGCAAGAUUAGAGGUUGCUGAGGAUGAAAAGUAGCUAGCUGGCCAGUCUGGUUAGAUCAUUAUGUUUAGUGUUAGAUGAGGCUGCUUUUCCAGACAGGUCGAAAUGAGCACUUCGGGAAUUGUAGCUAAGUGGGGAACUUAAGGUGACUUCUAUGCCUGGAAAUAAUUUGUAUGAGCUGAAAGUGCUAUGCCAGUUGUGACACUUUCUGGAAGAAAUGAAUCUUAGCUUGACAGUUCAUGUAUUAGUGACAUUUAGAAUCAUAGGGCUGGAAGGCCUCUUGAAGGACUUCAAGAAGGACUUCCAGUCCUUCUGCCCAUGCCAAGAAACCUUAUAUCAUGCCAUACAAAUAGUUGUCCAAUCCUUUCUUGAAAACCUCCAGUGAUGGUGCACCCAUAACUGGGUGGCAAGCUGUUUCAUUGGCUAAUUGUUCUCACUAUCCAGAAGUUUCUCUUUGGUUCCAAGUUGGAUCUCUCUUUAGCAAGCUUACCCAUUGCUUUCUGGCCUAUCCUCUGAAGCUUUAGAGAAUAAGUUGACCCCCACUUCUUUGUGACAGCCCCUCAUGUAUCCGAAAACAGGUAUCAUGUCAUCCCUAAUUCUUAUUUUGGUUAAACUAGACAUAUCCUUUACAGUUCCCUUAACAGUUCCUCGUAUGAUUUAUCCUAUAGACUCCUUCUCAUCUUAAUUGCUCUUGUCUGUACUUUUACUAGGGUCUCAACAUUGUUUUUGUAUCCCGAUGACCAGAAUUGGAUUAAGUAUUUCAAGUGUGGCCUCACUAGUGCAUAUCAAGCAGUACUUUCACUUCUCAUGAUCUUGAUGUUAAUGCAGCCUAGAACUGCAGUGGCUUUUUUGGCAGCUGCAGCACACUACUGGAACAUACUUAAGUGGUGAUUCACUAGGACACCUAGAUCCAUCUCAUGGUUAAUGAUAUAGAAUAGCCAGGUAUUGUCUAUUUUAUAUUUGUGCAUUUGAUAUUUCCUGCCUAGGUGCAAAACCUUACUUUUCUCACCACUGAACAACAUCUUGUUGGAUAAGACCCAAUGCUGUGAGGCGCUGUGAAGAUCCUUCUGACAAUUUCUAUCUUCCAAAGUGUUAGCAAUUCGUCCCAGCUUGAUAUCAUCUGCAAAUUAGAUGAACUCUCCCUCUAUCCCCUCAUCUAGAUCAUUUAUGAAAAUGUUGAAGAGCACUGAACCCAGAUAGAACCUUGAGGUACCACAGAGCAUGCUUCCCUCCAAGUAGAUAUAGUUGCGUUGAGGACUACAUAUUGAGGGCAGUUGAUCAGCCAACUGUGAGUUCAUCUGGUGGUAGUACUGUCUAUCCCACGUUGUUCUAUCUUAGAACUAUUCUAAGAAGUAGAUUAUGGUCUUUUGUGUCAAAUGCUUUACUGAGGUCUAAGAAUAUUAUACAGCAUUUCCCUGAUACACAAACUUACUGACUUUAUCAAAGAAGAGAAUAAGUUUGUCUUGCAAACUUAACAAACCUAUGCUGGUUUCUGGUAAUGGCUUGUUUAUUUCUAGAUGCUCUCAAACCUACUGCUUGAUUAUCUUUUCCAGGAUUUUCCCAGGCAUUGAUGUCAAGCUGAUUGGUCUGUACUUUUCUGGAUCUACUCCCCCCCGCCUUUUGUAGAUUGGAACCACAUCAGUUCCCCCCCCUGCCCUCCCCCCCCGUUCUCUGGGUAGUUCCCCUGUACUCUAGGAAUUGUGAAAGAUUUUGCUCUGUAGUUCCAGGAUCACAUCUUCCAGCUCCUUCACAAUCCUGGGAUGUAAACCUUAUAGCCUUGGCGAUUUGAACUCAUCUAGGUGUUUUCUUACCAAUUUCAUGCAUACUUUGACCUUCAUUCCUGUUCUGUCUCCCACGGUGCUGCUUUUGGUAGGUUGGAUCAUUUUUUCUGUUGCAUGACAGAUGCAAAAAAGGAAUUAAGAAGUCCUACUUUCUCCCUGCUGUCACCUUCUUGCCAUCUCCUGUCUCUGGGGCUGCCUUUGUAUAUUGAAAACAUGCAGGUUAUGGCCAUUCAGCUGUCCUGGGAGUUGAAUGGUGAACAGUGCAUUUGUCAGUAUGUUUCUGAGACCAGUUUUAGGUCUGAAUAUAACCAUUAAAGCCUUAAAUGGCUUGGCCUCAAAUUACUUGAAAGCCUGCCUCCAUGUGUAUCAACUCAUCACACUCUCAGUACAUCCACAUAGGGCAGGGCCUUUAGAAGAGUGGUCUUGACCUUUCCAAUGAGUUUCCAUUAGGGAAUCCUCAGGCCUUUUAAUUGCAUAUAUUCAAGAUAGUGCUGAAAAUAAUUUAUUUUGCUGGCUUUCACUUUUGAGGCCUGGUGAUUUAAUCUGUAAUCAGUGGUAUUUGAUUAUGUUUGUGUAGUAGAUGUGUAUCUUGUAUGCCAUCAUGGAAGGGCUUUGUCCUAUUAAAAUAGUGUUAAUGUUUUUAAAUAGUUCAACAGUAGCUGGGGGACUAAAGUUCUGUACUGUUCUACGUCUUCUGUUGGGGGUUCCUUUUGCCUGACAAAUAACAUAUACGUCUCACAAAACUGGCAACAGUGAUGGACUAAACUUCAAUUCAUGACCCAUCCAUGCAAAUAAGCAGAACUAAGCUACAACCAAAGUAUCUUGAAUAGGUACGACUAAACAUGUUAAAGUAUAAUCGUGAAGGAGUUUAUAGGUAGUUGCAUUUUGUUAAUGCUAGGUGACUUCCCGUAAAGCAUUAAGUAGUAAAUAUUAAAAGAUUGAGUUGCAGCUGCUUUAUAGUGAUUAGGGUGGUGUUGAACUCAUACAGAAUGCUUUUCAUUUAUAAAUGAGCUUACUAAGGUAAAUGUUGCCUAUCCUUACUCUGGACAGCACGCAGCAACAAGGUGUAUUCCUCUCCACCACUUUCAGCCUGAAGAUGCAGCUUAAAGACUGGUGCUAGGGUGAAUCAAAUAUUUGACAUAUCCCCCACUAAGGCUUCAUCCUAUAAAAUUGUGGGCUCGUCACUGAUACACUCUAUUUAGCUGUGUGAAUUUGUGCGCUUACAGGUAGUCAACUUAACCAUUCACUUAGCGACCUUCAAAGUCGCUGAAAAAAUUGACUUAUGACCAAUCCCUACAUGACCGUCAUAGGGCUCCAUGAUCAUGUCAUCAAAAUUCUGGUGCUUGGCAACUGGCAUUGUAUGUAUUUACAUACGGUUGCAGUUAUCAUAUGAUCGUCAUUUGUGACCUUCCCAGCCAGCUUCUGAUAAGUGUAGUCAUUGUGUGAAGGCAGAUUUGCUUAAUGACUGGGUGAUACACUUAAUGACCAUAGCAAAAAAACCUGGCAUAAAACCAGGCAUAAUUCACUUGACCACUGCAAUUAGCAGCGGAAGUACUGGUCCCAAUUAUAGUAAUAAGUUGUGGACUAUCUGUGUUUGGAAUCAUCAGUUGUAGAAGUGAUGAAAGCAACUGUACAGUGUUGUGAGAAAAGAAUACAAUCCUGAGGUGGGACUGAGACUUGAGAAGAAUUGAAAACUUCUCCCUAAGCCCUGAACGGAAGGGAAGAGGUCAUGUUUGCUGUAGCAGGGCAGAACUAAAAAAAAUAUAGAACAAUUUAUGGGAAAUGCUACAGCAGAAUGAUGUUACUAUAGUGUUCUCUUCUCAUAUGCACUGAUAUUUUUAAUUUAUGCAUAAUUGCUGCUAUCCAGACCCAACAUAUAGUAUUUAAAUUAGUUUGCACAAUACUUGUCAGUAUUAGAUCUGUUUUAUGAUCACAUAGCAACAAUAUUUGCUGAAAGCCUUAGCUGAAGUUCUGCCCUUCCAAAUCUUGUGACUGGUUGGUUAUGUCUCUGUGUUGUGAUAUCCAUUUUCAAUGUUUAUACACUGGAUAAUGUACAAAGCAUCAGUGUCUUUAUUCUUCAGGCUCCAAUUAGCCUGGCUGUUACUUUUGUAUCACAAAUCAAUAGAUAUGAUAGCAUCUAAUGUGAUCACCCACUAAUUCUACAUCACUAAUUCUUGAAAUCCUGAUUCCUGCUGUCUUGAAAGCAGUUUUUGCAUACAGGUCAAUAUGUGCAUAUUCUUGUAACGGGGGAGCUGCUUUUGAUGAACAAUCCAGCAGUUCUCAGAGGCUGGUGAAUGCAAAAGAAAUGUACAGUUGUGAUUGUGUGUGCCAUUACUGAUUUCUUACUAAGAAACUUCUAGUCACUGAAGAGGUCCCUAGAACGUAGUUCAUGCCUGCCUUAUGUUAAGGACAGGUUGGCCAUAAAACAAAUCAAGAGUUAGCUUUAGGGCUCUGUGCAGAAAUAUACUUUAUCUUGAAAAUGUGUGCAAGGAAUUUCCAGUGCAGUUCUUUUGUCACAGACUGCUGGACCUAUCCUGUUAAUUGGCCAGAAAGUGAUUUUAGCUAGGCUCCUUAGGGAAAUCUGAAUGAAGCAUGAUCUCAGCAACAGAUGUCUUAUUAUCUACAAACCACUCUUGGCAUGAUAUGCUAACCACCUGCCUCAAACAAUUCUGAUUGCUUGUAGUGUAGAGAUCCUCCAAUUUUGUCAGAUGGUUCCAAAGGAAAUGAGGGCAUUGCUUUUAAGACAAUCAGUAUUUAUCACAUUUUAGCAGUUAAUUUUGUUUUCAUGUCUGUUGUCAUGACAGCAAAGUACAGUUUUGUUUCUUUAUGGAUGAUCAUGUUUGUGUAUCUUUUGUGAACCACCCCCACCUCCUGGUUCUGUGUUCUUAUACCACUGAUACUGAACCUGUAUAGAUUUAGUUCUUGUUAUCCUUCAAUUUUGUAUUCCUUAUCCCAAUUCUUGUUCAGAAUUAAAGUUUGUUUCUGCAUAUUUUUUAA